AUGACUACACGAAGCAAACAUGGAAUCUUCAAAACGAAGGUUUACACGAUUCAAUACAAGGAACUGUCUACUAAUAUUCAUGUUGCACUUGAGUACCCUGACUGGAGAGAUGUUGUUCUAUCUGAGUAUAAUGCGCUUCUGACCAAUAAUACAUGGAGGAUUGUUGAACUGCCAGCUGGAAUGAAGGCCAUUGGUUGUAAAUGGCUCUUCAAGGUUAAGAAGAAUGCAGAUGGCUCAGUUGAAAGGUUGAAAACCAAAUUGGUAACAAAAGGGUAUUAUCAAAUAUCAAGCUUUGAUUUGAUGGACACUUUUAGUCCAGUAGUUCAAUUCUCUACUGUAAAUAUAAUGCUUUCUUUGGUUGUAACAUAUAACUGGAAGAUAAGGCAGGUUGAUGUGAACAAUGCCUUAAAGCUUGACUUUUCUUUAUUUGUGCGUGCAAAUGAUGGAAUGGUUACAUAUGUAGCAGUUUACGUAGACAACAUACUAGUGACUAAGAGCUCACAGGAGGAAACAGAUCAGACAAUUCAUAAACUCCAAGAGAAAUUUUCACUCAAAGACCUCGGUCAACUGAAGUUCUUCCUUGGCAUAGAGGUGCACCAAUCAAAUCGAGGUUUAUUUCUUAGCCAAAUAAAGUUUGUCACUAAGCUCUUGCACAAUAAUCAGUUACUUGAUGGUAAUCAUACAUCUACACCCAUGGUGACAUCAACUAUGUUGAGCAAGCAUGAAGGGCGGACAUUAAGUGACCCUCAACAGUACAGUAGAAUGGUAGGUGCCCUUUAG